AUGACGAUGCCACCGGGAGCGAUGAAGCACUUGCUGGUGCGACCAGCGGUGCCUGCACCUUUAGACCCCAACUUCUCCCCGGUGAUCCUGGCCAAGCGCCAGUACUUGAAGGCUGUGGCACAGGCCAGUGGUGCGUGGGAUGGAAUUCUGGGCACAAUCCUCAAGGGCAGCUUUACAUACCUGGAAUGGGCCCUGCCCAGGGCUGAUGGAUGUGCUCGGUACAAGCUGCCGGUGUUUCCAGAGGGCCACGAAGAUAUCGACGCGUCGAUCUAUUUGGCAGGAGUUUUGAUUCAAGAGAUGAUCUGGCAGCGCAGUGCCAAGUCCUUGCUGCUGUGUGGCCCGGCCAAAAUCUGCGAAGCCCUGGCCAAGGACUUCUCCGUGGAUGGAAAGUACAGUUUUGAGGUGACUUCCAUGCCCAACGUGUGCGGCACACCCGACAGCCCCUUCGAAGUGAAGAUCGUGUCUGAGGCAGAACUACCAGAGGCCAAGGACACACCCCAGGUGUGUGGGAAAUCCGCCAACGGCUGCCGUUUGGCCUUCGACUUGGGGAAGAGCGACAUCAAGACCGUGGCCGUGAAGGACGAAGAGGUGGUCUAUUCCAAAGAGACCGAGUGGGAUGUCACGAAUCCGGAUCCAGAUUACCACUUUAAGGCCGUGACCGCUGCCUUGAAGCUCGCCAAGGAGAAGUUGCCGAAGGUGGAUGCCGUGGGCGGCAGUGCCACGGGGACCUUGGGCGCCAACAACGAGGCCACCUGGUGCGACAUCUUCCCCAACGUGCCUCCAGCCGUCUACAAGCAGAAGGUGGUGGACAUCUUUCAGCGCAUCGCCAAGGACGUCGCUGGCGACGUACCACUGAAGGUCAUCAACGACGGCGAGGUGACUGCCUUGGCCGCCGUGCAGAAGUUGGGUGGCAAGGGCAACAUCAUGGGCAUCUCCAUGGGCAGCAGCGAGGGGGCUGGCUAUGCCAAUGCCCAAGGCAACCUCAUGGGAUGGAUCAAUGAGUUGUGCUAUGUGAAGCUGGACAUGAACCCAGAGGCGCCCACGGAUCCAUGGACCAAGGGCGCCCACACCGGGAUGAGCCACAUGUACUUGGGCCAGCGUGGCGCCACCAAGCUCGCAGCCAAAGCGGGCGUCAAGGUGCCGGCCAACUACGUGUAUCCUCACCCAGAGAUGUGCACCAUCAAGCACGAGAACCAUGCGCAGUGCUUGAAACUCAUCCAGAAGGCCAUGGAGGAUCCAGCAGUCCGUCCCCAGGUGGAGCAGCUCUACGUGACCAUGGGUGUGUACUUGGGCUAUGCGUUGGCCCAGUACUGUGAGUUCUAUUCCAUUGACCAUGUGAUGAUCCUGGGGCGCGUCAGCAAAGGCGCAGGAGGCGACAUCAUGCUCAACACUGCCAAGAAGGUGCUUGAAACCGAGUUCCCGGAGUAUGCCUCCAUGCAAUUCCACACGGCCGACGACCACUUCAAGGCCGUUGGCCAGUGCAUCGCCGCCGCCGCGCUGCCCACGCUCCCGUGA